ACCAACAAAAUGGUAAUCUUGUGGUGCCUUUUGGUGGCUCAACUCUUUAUUGUUGGAGAGUCGAAUCAGCUGUUGCGAAUUGUCAAUGGAGAACAGGCCAAAGAAGGACAAUUUCCAUAUCUGGUUGGACUUAAUAUCGCAUCAAAAAUUCCUCGACGGGGCAGUUGGUGCGGUGGCAGCAUUAUAUCCGAUGAAUGGAUACUCACGGCUGCUCAUUGCAUUAAAUUGUUUCAAGGGAAGAUAACCAUUUACUAUGGCUCUGAAAACAGGAAGAUUGCAAAACUUCUAGUAGUGGAGGAAAAUAACAUUCAUCGACACCCGAAGUUCAGGAAAAUUGUUCAUAACAACUACCGUCACGAUAUAGCCCUGAUUCGCACUCCUAAAGUGAAAUUCACUGACAACAUUCAAAGCAUUCCACUGCCAUCACCCGUGGAUGGCAAUCGAUGGACUAAGCCGGGCACGUCCGUCAUUGCCGCUGGAUGGGGCUCAGACGUUUUGAAAGGAGAUUCUGUCGAUCGUUUGAAUUGGAUCAAACUGGAGAUCACGGAUGAAUCGAACUGUGAAAGAGUAUACGGGAAUGUGGAAGGCAAAUUGUGUGUAAGCGCCGACAAGAAAAAGUCCGUCUGCAGCGGAGAUUCUGGUGGACCGCUGGUGCCCGAAGAUGAGAACAAACUGAUUGGAAUCACCUCAUUUGUGUCUGCAACGGGAUGUGAUUCUGGCAUGCCAGUCGCUUUUACGAAUGUUAUCGACUACCUGGACUGGAUUGAGUCUGUCUCUGGUGUAAAGCCGUAGAAAUUUGCUGGAUUUCUUGCCUUGGCAUGGCACGAUUCCAUCACUGAAUAAAUAUAAUGUGCAUUCCAA